GGCGGGGGCCCGGUGAUGGGCAAGUCCGUGGCCCGCGGCACGCGCCAGCAGCAGCUCAGCAAGAAGGCCGGGAAGCUCAAGAAGGAACGAGCGCCCCGGGCUCGGGAGGCGGCCUCGAAGGUGGACGCCUGCGACCGCUUCCCGUGGAUGAGCGUGCUGGAGAAGAUUGCCGUGAAGCCGGGGACCGUGCUGUUGUACCAGCGGACCCUCCGCCUCUUCCUCGACUUCUGUCGCGUGGCGAAGGUGAGCUGGGUGGACGCGCCCGGGCUGGACGACGUGGUGGUGGAGUAUCUGAACUCCAUGUACAUGGAGGGCCACGGGGCCGACGAGGCGAGCCGGCUCUUGGCAGCGCUGGGCUAUGUCUUCCCCGAGUUGUACAAGAAGACGCGGGCCCUGCUGCCGAGGGCGACCCGGUGCGCAGUCAGCUGGUGUCGGCGGACGCCAGCGCAGUCCCGGCUCCCCCUGCCACGCCUGGCGGCGUUGGCGAUCGCGGGAGGCAUGAUCAUGCUCGGGCUCCCGCGGAUGGCGAUCAUGGUUGCGGCAUCGCACGUCUGCUACCUGCGGCCUAUCGAGGCGAUGGCGCUCCUCGGCAAGAGCAUCGUCGCCGCGGUCCCAGUGGCAGGUGCUGGCUACACCAUGAUGGGCUUAGUGCUGCACGAGACCUCCCUCGGCAUCCCCGGCAAGACGGGGGCCUUCGACGACGCUGCGACGAUCGACGAGCAGUGGUUGUGGGAGCCCCUUCUCGGCCUGAAGCAGGACGUGUUCAUCGCAGUGGCCGAGGGUCUGGGGUUAGGACCCUUCGACCCACAUCCGUAUCAGCUACGACACGGAGGGGCGUCGGAGGACCUGGCGGCCAGAAAGCGAACGCCAGAACAAGUCAUGCGCCGGGGUCGCUGGACGACAGUGGCCUCUUUGAAGAGGUACGGGAAGGAGACCAAGCUGUUGCGCGUGAUCAACCAAAUCUGUCCGUCCGUCUUCAUCUUCGGCAGCGCGGUGCACCAGAGCUUCGCCGAGGCCAUCAAGUUCGGG